CGCCAGCCCCCAGUGUGUGGCGGCGGCGGCGGCGGCGGCAGCAGCGCGGCGAGGCUGAGGCUCUUGUUUACCAGCAUUAACUCCGCUCGGCGGAGGGAAAAAAAAAAAAGAGGGGGAAAAACCUGCGGACACGCGAGCGCACCGGGCGAGCUCGAGAGAGGCGGGCGAGCCAGGGGGACGCGGCCCGUGCGCCUGCCCCCGGCGCGCCCGUGCGGGUGCCUGCAGACCCUCGGCCCCGCUCCCCGGGCCCUCCACGCCCCUCCCGCGCCGGGGGAGCUCCACGGCGCGCCGCGCGCCUCGGCUUUGACCUUCAGCUGAGCCGGAGCCCCCACGCGCGGGGCCGGCGGCGGCGGCAGGCGGGGGCCGACGCGGGGCGGGCGCGGGAGCGCUGAGCGCGGCGCGGGCGGCCCGCCGCUUUGUGUGCGCCCUGGAUUUGGGCAGGAGCUCGCGGCGGCGGCGCUGAGGGAGGCGGCGGCGGCGAGCCCGCAGGACCAGCCGGAGCGGAGCCGCUCAUUCAUUUCCGACUCCGCAUCUCGGCCUCGCCCGCGCCCGGCACUUCGGGCAAAGCUUGCGAACUGCAGCGCGCCCUCCCGCCGCCCCCUGGGGUCGGGGUCGGGUUUGUGUAGCCGUAGCCGGGACGGAUUUGGGCUUUGCCCCCUCUCGGUGCAGUUGCCCCCCCCCCCCCCCCCUCCUGCCUCUCUCUCUGCUUUGAAAAUGGAGGCCUUGGCCGCCGAGCGCCCGCCCCGGUGCGCCCCGGGUUCCCCAGUGCGCCCAGCCCUCGGCCGCCGCUGAGCGCCCCCCGCGCCGCCCGCCCCGUCGCUCCGCCUCGGGAGCCCUGUUUCCGUCGCCCUCGCCUUUGGAAAAGGGGGCGAAGACUGCGCUGGUGACUUUCCCUCGCCCUCCCCACCCCUUUUUUAUUGCUGAGAGAGGAGAGUUUGGCCCUAAGCCGCAGGGAUGAAGUCGCCCCUCGGAGGAGGGUCCCUGGCCUCGCUGUGGGCGCUCCUGCUUCUGGCCGCCGCGCUCGCCUUCUGGCCGACGAGCGGAGAAAUCUGCGGCCCCGGCAUCGACAUCCGCAACGACUUCCAGCAGCUGAAGCGCCUGGAGAACUGCACGGUGAUCGAGGGCUACCUGCACAUCCUGCUCAUCUCCAAGGGCGACGACUAUCGCAGCUACCGCUUCCCCAAGCUCACGGUCAUCACCGAGUACCUGCUCCUGUUCCGCGUGGCCGGCCUGGAGAGCAUCGGCGACCUGUUCCCCAACCUCACGGUCAUCCGCGGCUGGAAGCUCUUCUACAACUACGCGCUGGUCAUCUUCGAGAUGACCAACCUCAAGGACAUCGGCCUGCGCAACCUGCGCAACAUCACCCGCGGCGCCAUCCGCAUCGAGAAGAACGCCGACCUCUGCUACCUGUCCACCGUGGACUGGUCCCUCAUCCUCGACGCCGUGUCCAACAACUACGUGGUGGGGAACAAGUCCCCCAAGGAGUGCGGCGACGUGUGCCCGGGGGCCCUGGAGGGGAAGUCCACCUGCGACCGGACCACCAUCAACAACGAGUACAACUACCGCUGCUGGACCCAGGACCACUGCCAGAAAACCUGCCCGAGCGCGUGCGGGAAGCGGGCGUGCACGGACAACAACGAGUGCUGCCACCCCGAGUGCCUGGGCGGCUGCACGGCCCCCGACGACCAGGCGGCCUGCGUGGCCUGCAAGCACUACUACCACGAGGGCGUCUGCGUGACCGACUGCCCCCCCAACACCUACCGCUUCGAGGGCUGGCGCUGCGUGGACCGCGACUUCUGCGCCACCAUCCCCAACGCCGACAGCUUCGAGCUGGAGGGCUUCGUCAUUCACGACGGCGAGUGCAUGCAGGAGUGCCCCUCCGGCUUCAUCCGCAACGACAGCCUGAGCAUGUACUGCAUCCCCUGCGAAGGGCCGUGCCCCAAAAUCUGUGAGGAAGACAAGGGGACGAAGACCAUUGACUCCGUGACCUCGGCUCAGAUGCUUCAGGGCUGCACCAUCUUCAAGGGCAACCUGCUCAUUAACAUCCGCAGGGGGAAUAACAUCGCCUCGGAACUGGAGAACUUCAUGGGGCUCAUCGAGGUGGUCACGGGCUACAUCAAGAUCCGCCACUCCCACGCACUGGUCUCCCUGUCCUUCUUCAAGAGCCUCCGCCAGAUCCUCGGCGAGGACCAGCUGGAGGGGAACUACUCCUUCUACGUCCUGGACAACCAGAACCUGCAGCAGCUGUGGGACUGGGACCACCACAACCUGACCAUCAAGUCCGGGAAGAUGUACUUCGCCUUCAACCCCAAGCUGUGCGUGUCCGAGAUCUACCGCAUGGAGGAGAUGACGGGGGCCAAGGGGCGCCAGGGCAAAGGCGACAUCAACACCCGGAACAACGGGGAGCGGGCCUCCUGUGAGAGCGACAUGCUGCACUUCACCUCCACCAACACCUGGAAGAACCGCAUCAUCGUCACGUGGCACCGGUACCGGCCCCCAGACUACAGGGACCUCAUCAGCUUCACCGUCUACUACAAGGAAGCGCCCUACAAGAACGUCACCGAGUACGACGGCCAGGACGCCUGCGGCUCCAACAGCUGGAACAUGGUGGACGUGGACCUGCCCGCCAACAAGGACGUGGAGCCCGGCAUCCUGCUGCACGGCCUGAAGCCCUGGACGCAGUACGCCAUCUACGUGAAGGCCGUGACGCUGACCAUGGUGGACAACGACCACAUCCGCGGGGCCAAGAGCGACAUCCUCUACCUCCGCACCAACGCCUCAGUGCCUUCCAUCCCCCUGGACGUCAUCUCGGCCUCCAACUCGUCCUCCCAGCUGAUCGUCAAGUGGAACCCGCCCUCCCUGCCCAACGGCAACCUCAGCUACUACAUUGUGCGUUGGCAGCAGCAGCCGCAGGACGCCUACCUGUACCAGCACAACUACUGCUCCAAAGACAAGCUCCCCGUCCGCAAGUACACGGACGGCACCUUCGACAUCGAGGAGGUGACGGAGAACCCCAAGACCGAGUCGUGCAACACCCCCAAGGGGCCCUGCUGCGCGUGUCCCAAAACCGAGGCCGAGAAGCAGGCGGAGAAGGAGGAGGCCGAGUACCGCAAAGUCUUCGAGAACUUCCUGCACAACUCCAUCUUCGUGCCCAGGCCCGACAGGAAGCGCAGGGACGUGGGGCAGAUCUCCAACACCACCCUUUCCGGCCGGAGCAGGAACAGCACGGUGACGGACCCCUUCAACAGCACGGACUCGGACGACAGGGAGACGGACUACCCUUUCUUCGAGAGCAGGGUGGACAAGAAGGAAAGGACCGUCAUCUCCAACCUGAAGCCCUUCACCCUCUACCGCAUCGACAUCCACAGCUGCAACCACGAGGCCGAGAAGCUGGGCUGCAGCGCCUCCAACUUCGUCUUUGCGAGAACCAUGCCUGCAGACGGAGCGGAUGACAUUCCCGGGCCGAUAACCUGGGAGGUGAAGCCUGACAACACCAUCUUCUUAAAGUGGCCCGAACCGGAGAAUCCCAACGGACUGAUUCUCAUGUAUGAGAUAAAAUACGGAUCGCAGGUCGAGGACCAGCGGGAGUGCGUGUCGCGGCAGGACUACCGGAAGCACGGAGGGGCCAAGCUGCAGAAGCUCAGCCCGGGGAACUACACGGCCCGCAUCCAGGCCACCUCUCUGUCGGGGAACGGGUCCUGGACGGAGCCCGUGUUCUUCUACGUCCAGGACAAAGCAGCGUUUGACAGCCACGCCCACCUGGUCAUCGCGCUGCCCAUCGCCAUCGUGCUGACCGUCUUGGGGCUGGCCCUCACGCUGUACGUCAUCCACAGGAAGCGUAAUCGGAUGGGGAAUGGAGUGCUGUACGCGUCUGUGAACCCGGAGUAUUUCAGCGCGGCCGACGUGUACGUGCCCGACGAGUGGGAGGUGGCCCGGGAGAAGAUCACCAUGAACCGGGAGCUGGGCCAGGGCUCCUUCGGCAUGGUGUACGAGGGCGUGGCCAAGGGCGUGGUCAAGGACGAGCCGGAAACCAGGGUGGCCAUCAAGACCGUCAACGAGUCGGCCAGCAUGCGGGAGCGGAUCGAGUUCCUCAACGAGGCCUCGGUGAUGAAGGAGUUCAACUGUCACCACGUGGUGCGUUUGCUGGGCGUGGUGUCCCAGGGCCAGCCGACCCUGGUCAUCAUGGAACUCAUGCCCCGCGGAGACCUCAAGAGUUACCUCAGGUCUCUGAGACCGGAAAUCGAGAGUUCCCGUCGGUCGCCAGAGGUCGUAAAUGUUUCCCUCCACGUCCCGCGUGGCUCAGGGUUCAGGAUCUGGAAGAGGAGCCGCACACAAAUCAAAGAGAAAAGACACGAGAUAAUUUGGAAAUAUUGGGGGAACAGGCAGAAUCACCCCGUCCUCUCGCCGCCGACCCUCAGCAAGAUGAUCCAGAUGGCCGGGGAGAUUGCGGACGGCAUGGCGUACCUCAACGCCAACAAGUUCGUGCACAGGGACCUGGCUGCCCGGAACUGCAUGGUGGCUGAAGAUUUGACUGUCAAGAUCGGAGACUUCGGCAUGACUCGCGACAUCUACGAGACCGACUAUUACCGGAAGGGCGGGAAGGGGCUGCUGCCUGUGCGCUGGAUGUCCCCCGAGUCCCUCAAGGACGGCGUGUUCACCACCCACUCUGAUGUCUGGUCCUUUGGCGUCGUGCUCUGGGAGAUCGCCACGCUGGCCGAGCAGCCCUACCAGGGCCUGUCCAACGAGCAGGUCCUGCGCUUCGUCAUGGAGGGCGGCCUUCUGGACAAGCCCGACAACUGCCCCGAUAUGCUGUUCGAGCUCAUGCAGGUGUGCUGGCACUUCAACCCCAAGAUGAGGCCUUCGUUCCUGGACAUCAUCGGCAGCAUCAAGGACGAGCUGGAGCCCGGCUUCAUCGAGGUGUCCUUCUACUACAGCGACGAGAACAAGCCGCCCGACACCGAGGAGCUGGACCUGGACCCCGACCAGCUGGAGUGCGUGCCCCUGGACCCGUCGGCCUCCUGCUCCUCCCUGCCGCUGCCGGAGCGCCACUGCCCGCACCACCACCACCACCACGAGGGCCGCGAGCGCUACUGCCGCCACCACCACGAGGGCCGCGAGCGCUACUGCCGCCACCACCACGAGGGCCGCGAGCGCCACUGCCCGCACCACCGCCACGAGAACGGCCGCGAGCGCGAGCGCCCCUGCCCGCACCGCCCCGAGAACGGCCUGGGCCACCGCGUGCUGGUCUACCACCGGGCCAGCUUCGACGAGAGGCAGGCGUACGCGCACAUGAAUGGGGGGCGCAAGAACGAGAGGCCCGUGCCCCUCCCGCAGUCCUCCACCUGCUGAAGUGGGACCCGGUCCCGCGAGCAGGGCCCCGUGUGUGUGUGCGUGCGUGUGUGCUCGGCGGGCGGGGGGCGGGCCCCCACCAUCUGGCCACGGCCGCCUGCGCCCCCGAGGUCUGCAGCGCCGCCCUGCUGCCCACAGGCAGGCCUCUCCCCCGUACACACACACACACAUGGGAUGUUCCCUUUUUUCGAUAUGCAAGCAGCUUAUUGCCCUGCCCAAACCCUUAACUGACACGGGCCUUUACGAACCUUAAUGACACUUAAAGCAACAGAACACUAGAGAAUCGAGUCUCCUCACUCCUUCUCUGCCUCUCUCUCUCUGAUCUCUCUCUCUCUCUCUCUCUCUCUCUCUGCUUCAUAAUGGAAAGAACAUUUGCCACAAGCCCAACCAGGACGCCCUUCUGAGCCGAUGGAGAGGAGCCGCCCCCUUAGCCCCCUCGUGCUCCCAUGCACACCUGCCUGUCCCCGUGGGUCCUUCUCUAACACGUUGCAAUGGCAUUUUCCUUUUUAAAAACUGUACCUUCAGCCUUUUUAGGGACACACGGCAUUUACCAAGGGCCAUCGUGCAUCCAAAGCUGUUGCCCUUGUAACGCUGCCAAAUUCUGCCAAAACCCGGGACUCCGUCCCUCGCACCUGCCCCCCUCGCCCCCCCAUUUCCUGGUGGCGGGCGUGUGCCGUCUCCGGUCACUCCUGUGACAGCCACGCGGGCGGUGCCCUCCAUCCCGUCCUCCCGGGGAUUCUUGGCAAGUCUCACGUCCAUGCAGGUCAGUUUGCCUUUGACAAGGUUAUUUUCUGGGGGAACUGGACGGACGGGUCCGGGCUUCCCUGGGCCACCUCCCCACCCCCACCUCCUAGCCCCAGGGACUCGGCCACAGGCAGGCCCUUUCAGGGAGCAAAGGUGACUCACGUGCUAGUUUCCUGCCCCCCCCCCCCAGGGCCCCUCCCGGCCUCGAGGACGCAGAGGAGCAGGGGUUCCCCGGGACAGAGCCCAGCGGUUCACACAGGUUUUCGAGCAAAGCAAUGCAGACACCUCCCCCCACCCCCACCCCCAUCUCGGGGCGGGCAGUGCGGGAUGCAAGCUGCCCGAGCCUUUGACAUGUUCCGUUCCCAGGACUCCGCGGGUCCUGCGGUUCUAGGUCAGACUCGAAACAUUUGCGUACACAUUCGUCUUUCACGUCAUCACUUUGAUAACUUUUUUACGGUUCAGAUCCUCAUCUAUACGUCUGUACAGAAAAAAAAGAAGACGGCUGCUAUUUUUAUUUUGUAGUUUUCGGUUAUCUUUGUGGAUCUAUUCUAUGAAAACUUUCAGGUCUCCCUCCUUCCCUCUCUGCUGUCUCUCUCUAAGCUUCUGCUUUUGACUAGAUGCGUCUCUUCCUCUCUCCCCAGGAAUGGGCUCUCGUAGAUCGGCGUUUGCCAUGAACUGCCUGUGAUGCCUUUUCAUAACUCCGCACCCCCGCUCUCUGCUUCCUCCCCCCGGCCCCCUGCUAGAUCUGUUACAACCUGUAGGCUCUGUGGGCACGAGGCUGGCUGGCGAGGGAGGCCGGUGGAAACGGGGUCCCUUCCCCCACCCGCCCUCCCUCGCCCAGCAUUGGAGUCUGUUACUGUGCCAGCCGUAGACAACCUCAGGUCCCAACACAAAGGUCAAGUACUUCCCACGCCUGUUCAGUGUUCCUCGUCGUCGCCAUGGGAAAGAGGCCCCCCCCCCUUCUCUUUCCCUGGCCCCUUCCUUUUGGAUGUGACACACACUUUUUGUAAUUUUUAUGUUUUAAUUCUCGGGUACAACAGCAGUUUGAACUGCAGAUACUAGUCAUUUGAAUUACAUUUCUUUUCUUUUUUUUUAGUGGAUAUUUAAUCCUCCCAUCCUACGAAAAACAGCUGCUAAAUCUAAGGGUGCAGUGGGGGGUGGUCAGUGGCGAGCCGCCACCAACCCCCAGACCGACCUACCUGUCUGUCCUGAGAACCAGGAAACCCCCAGAAACCCCCUCCGCACGGGGCGCCAGGGGCUGCUGGGAGAGGGCCAGGCUGGGGCAGCGCCCCCAGUGGCCCAGGAGCCCCAUGCUCACCCCAGGGGACCAGGGCCCUGGCACGCUUGCCCUGGGCCGGGAAACAAGUCCUCAGGGCCCCAGCGUCUUUUGUUUCGGUUUUUUUUGUUUUGUUUUGUUUUGUUGGGGUUUUUUUUAGCGCUUCUCACCAGAGCGAUUGACAUAUGACCGCACAGAGUUGCUUCUGGGAUGGAAAACGUUUAAGUGAUGAGUGAGAACAAAGCUCUAAAGUAGGGUGAUGGCUAGUCGGGAUUGGAGAUGAAACACAAGAAGGAAAAUUCGGAGUCGUUUCAGCCCCAGGAUUGUGUCUAGCCCCCGUCCCCACCGUUUUUUCCCCUUCAGAAACUGCGUCCAAGAGAAAGGUUCAUUGAGAAGGUGUAUGUAGGAGUUUCCGUUGAAUUUCCGAUUCCGGUUUGAGUCGCUGAGAGAGCAGCUUGGCCCCCUGAUGGAUUUCGAUUCUGACACGAGGGUUUCUGUGCGUAAGAAGGGACAGUUUUUAUUUUUUGGGGUUUUUUUUUUUUUUUUCAAACAUGUAUCUACCUCACACUUCUUUUUUAUAUGUGUAUAUACAACAAGGAAUACAUCUCACAUUUCUCAGCACCUGACAAUACGCCAUGGGUACCGGUACCUCAUCCGCGCACAGGCCGCGCACGCCCGUGACCGGGGCCAGGCCAGGCUGCAUUCCGGGGCCGCAGCUCGCUUCCCGCCUCUCCGCUCCUGUCCGACGGCUUGCCUCUCCCUGCGCUGUCUCCUCUGGCCUUGCUCUCUUCUUCUUCUGACUCGGUUCCCUACAAGGUUGUGAGGUGUCAGGAUUCCCCCCUCUUGGCCCAGUGUCCCCCACUCAGCAGGGAGGUGAGGGGAAAAGCCCCCCCCCACACCCCCCAACAGCUCAGUGGGAAGGAAGGCCCCUCGGCUGUCCCAGCCGGUUGUCCUUGAACCCAGUUGCUUUGUGCGGACGGAAUGGCGAGCCCAUUCCAUCCCUGGAGCAGUGGUUUCGGGAUUUAGGGGCCAGGAGGCGGCCAAGGGCGGCCGUCUCUGUUAGCUCUCACCUGCUAGGCACGGGUGGGGGCCGGCUCCAUCGGGCGCCACGCUGGCUGCCCUGGACGGGGCCUGUGCCAGGCGGCCAGAUGGUCCCUGUGAGCCAGGCACUCGGAGAGCCCCGUCCACCAGGCCUCCUGUCGAGAAUAGGAGGUUCCUACCUCCCAGCCAAUCCCUUCCAGAAUGUUCUGUGGAGAAAAGUCCCCGUCCCCCAUCUCCAGAAUGUUCUCUGAAUUCCCCCCUCCUUUCCUCCUCCCUCCCAGGGGGAAACAAAGAUGUACCAAGCCUUCGGGCUGGAGGGGGGCGGUGCUAGGCGCCAAGCCUCCUUCUGGGGUGUCGGGGUGUCGCACCUCCCACCAGGCCUUGCCUCUGUCCCGCUGCUCACGGGGGGUGGAUGGCAUUACCCGGUUCCAACAGCUGCUCUCAGGCCCUGGUGAUGUGAUCUGGGCGACACGACUCGGGGAAAGCGUUCCGAAAAGUUGGGGGCGGCUCUCCCCUCCCGCAGGGACACCCCUCCCCUCUCCCCACGCCCUUGGGACCUCGAGGUCACCGAGAAAUGCUAUCUGAUGGGGGCUCCCCUCACCCACGCUGCCAGGGAACCCCCCGGGUUGGUGGCCUCCCCUCUUUUGCACAUACCUUCCGGUUCCCACGACUGGACGCGUCCAGUCCAUCCAGGCCGGUCCCAAGGGUCUCUCUCGUUCCACGCGUCCGAGCUGUUGGUGUGGUCAUGUUAUCGUUUGACGUCGGUGGUUUUUCUUUGAGUAGAAAGCAAACACUAACCAGUCGUAGUGCGCAUCGUAACCAAUGCUUCCGCGGCGCUGCAGUUAGAGAAACAAACGCUUGCUUGCGUGAGGGUGCGGUCAUCCUACUGGACCAAGCCACCCCGGGACCCGCCCGCGAGGCCGGGGUCCCCCCUCCCCUUGAUUUUUUUUUUUUUUCUCUUUCGUAAGCUCCGAAUAAUUCACUCGAGCCGAACUGGGGCAUUUCCCACGCGGCCUCCUCCCGCCAGCAGCUCCCGCUGCUCGAAGCCGCUCGGACCACGGAGGCGCAUCAUGGAGCCAAUGCGAGCGUCCGCCACCGCCAAGCGCGCACCACGGCCUCCCCGGGCGCAGCGGGAGCGAAGCCGGCCUGUUCUGGAGACGCUGUCCAGGCCCCGGCCACCCAGGUCUCCUUUACGGGGUGUCGUGAUGUUGGACACACAGUUGAGAUGAGCUUCCUUAGAGGAGGAGGAGGCGAGAAGAUGGGGUUCACGGCCAAUGCUGGCCUCCCCUUCCAGCCCGUUUCUCGUGGCGCGAACGAGGUUUCCAAGGUCAGAGAAGCGGCUGGGGAAAAAGAAGAGUUUCUGGUGGAACUGCCGACUGGCAAGACGCUUGGCAGGAACUGGUUGGUGUGUUUUGGCCGGCGCCACGCAUUCACGAGCCAAGUCCGGUGCCAAAUCCCAGGCCAGUGGGUUCCACCGACGCCUUUCUCGGCAGUCCACCUCCGUCGGCGGGUGGGCGCGUGGCGCAGGCCGCUCCCGUGGCCAGGCCACCCGAGCUCCAGGGGCCAGAAGGCGAGGAUGCGCGGUCCAAGGUCCUCGCCGCCCCCGAGCGGCCAGAGGAUGGAAGGCAGCUCCUUCCCAAGUCAGAGGCCCCUCCCCGGGGCAGCAGCCCUGGGCGCCCUGCCUGGGCCCGUCCCGGGGGCGCACGCGCGGCCUGGGGCCCGUCCUCCGGUCCAUGUGGCCGCCGCUCCGUCUCCCGGGCUCCGCAGCGCCGGGAGAUCCGGACUGGAGACCCGCUCUUCGAAAGCAGCGGCGAUGAAAGGCCCACGUCCUCGCUCCAGUCGGGACACAGUCGCUGCCAAUGAGACCGAGAAAGGAUGCCGCUUUGGACCGAACCUCUCUGUUACAGCCGGCGAUGCUGAAGAUACAGAGGACAGGCCCGAGGGGGUCACGCCUGGCCCCCAGCUCGGAUGACAGAGCCGGUCCUGCGGAGAAAAAGCGGAUGGACGCUCCUGGAUGGUGGGAAGAGCCCAGCCAGCGGGAGGACGCCUCCGUCGCGGAGAGAAUGGCGAGCGCCAGGGCGCGGGGCCGGGAAGGAGUGCGGGCGCGCUCUGAGAUGGACGGUUUCUUGGAGGCGUGAGACCAGGGCCAGGCUCGGGAGUCAUCCAUGGGCAUUUGUCCUCAGCAGACACCCCGGCGCGCUGCGUGGGGGACUGUGAUCAGUCCAAUCGGAGGACACGAACUCCACAUCACGCCCGUCAGUGGUCGGCUCUGGGGCAUGACUUUAGGGUUUUCUUUUUGUCGUUUAAGCAAGAAUAUGAUUACUCAUCUAUAUUUUUUGUUGGUUUUUUUUUUGAUUACUCAUCUAUAUUUUUUUGAGUUUUUUGAUUACUCAUCUAUACUUUUUUGUUGUUUUUUGAUUACUCAUCUAUAUUUUUUUGGUUUUUUUGAUUACUCAUCUAUACUUUUUAUUGGUUUUUUGAUUACUCAUCUAUAAUUUUUUGUUGGUUUUUUUUGAUUACUCAUCUAUUUGUUGUUGUUGUUGUUUUUUGAUUACUCAUCCGUAUGGCCACGUUGGUGUGUGUCCUCAUUUUUCUGGUCAGCAUCGUUUUAAUUACUCACACAGCAUUUUCAGUAGGGCUCAUGUCCAGUAGAUACGGGUAGUCAGUCGACGAAGAUCUGGUUUACAAGAACUAAUUCAACGUUUCAUUGCAUUUUUGUAAGGACAUAGAAUAAUUUUAUACAACGUUUGUAGUCCGUAAUCGCCGAAAUAAUUUAAAGACACUUGGGUUCUCCGUGCAAAUGUAUGCUCGUGAUCCAUUUAUUUUUUUUUUUUAUAGGACACCUGUUUACUAGCUAGCUUUACGAGAUGCCAAAAAUGCAUUUUCCCUGCCCCCAAGCCCUGCAUAACCCUUUUUACAUCCCCCCACCCCCACCCCACGCUUCAGGCCCUAGUUUAUAGCAAAGGAAGGAUGGCGAUUUCAGUAGUUCUGUAUCUUCAGUAUCUUGGUCUUCCCGAACCUUCUGGUUGGGGAGGGGAUCAUCAUUUGCUGGUCAUUUAUCUUUGGAGUGUAGCUACUUUAAGAGACUGAAGGAACCUCACUGGCCAAGGAACCAGCGGGGGUGCUGCCGCCCAGCGGUGCCCGGCGGUGCGCCCGGCACUCGGCAUCUGGUGCGGCUGUUGCCAUGGUUGCGGGACGCCUCGCGAUGGAGCGGUUGACAGCACAGCUCCGCGGCGUCACAGCGCUGGCCGCACGCAGACUUAUCACGCAAGACGGUAAUUCUGGUGCCGGCAGACUGUUCGCUUACAUGCCUCAUAUUAUGAUUGAUGCUUUGUUAUAUAACCAGAGACUCUUAUUUUUUAAGGCACAACACCGAAGAUACAUUUUUCCAAUACAAAACAAAGUUGAAUAAAAACUACACACACACACAAUUUUUUUAAAGUCUGACUCCAUUUCCUCUUGCGCCCAGUGGGUUAUGGGCCACGUCUACACAAUGCCACAAAAGCCCCACCAUUGCUAACGGGGUGUUUUGCACAACAUGGGAGAAAGGUCCAGAUACAGUAUUUUCUGUUUGCAACUUGGCAUUCGGAUGUUUGGUGUUGCGUAGACGCGUCCACAGGUGGAAUAGAUGCUUGGCAAAAACACCUGUGUGCUUUGUAAGCCAGUGGGGUUGACAUGAGGGGUUUGCCAGAGUUUGUCCUCUGGGAAAAAAUUUUAAAAAAACAAACAAAAUCAAACCAGAAGGCGCGAUGAAAUGGAUGUAUUGCAGAUCAUUUAUUUUCUGAGUUUUGUUUAAAAAAAAAAAAGUUUUUUAAAAUGUUUUUAAAAACCGGUAAUUGACACAGCCAAUUUGUUACGUAAAAUGACUUUCUGUGUACAAAUUAUUCCUAAAAACUUCCUGUUUAUAUACAAAAAAAUCAGUAGCUAAAAAAAAAAAUUUUCAAAAUGGUUUUGUAUACUCCAUUGUAAGAAUUUAUCCCUGUUAUCGCGAUAUACUCUGGAUUCUUUACAUUAUGGGGGGAAAAAGAAACUGUCUAUUUUGAAUGGCUGAAGCUAAUGCGACUUUAGUUUAUCUUACUCUGCUUUUUUCUAGUAGUUCAAGUAUUACAUGGUUUACGUUCAAUAAAGGAAUUCAGUAUGCA